GCUUUACUGGAAGUAGUGAAUGACCUCUUUGAGGAACAGACUGACUUGGAGAAAAUUGUCAAGAAAAUUAUGCAUCGGGCCCAGACUCUGCUGAAGUGUGAACGGUGCUCAGUAUUACUUCUGGAAGAUAUCGAAUCACCAGUUGUGAAAUUUACAAAAUCCUUCGAGUUGUUAUCUCCAAAAUGCAGUGCUGAUACUGACAACAGUUUCAAAGACAGCAUGGAGAAAUCAUCAUCUUAUUCCGACUGGCUAAUAAAUAAUAGCAUUGCUGAACUCGUAGCUUCCACAGGUCUCCCAGUGAAUAUCAGUGAUGCCUAUCAGGAUCCUCGCUUUGAUGCUGAAGCUGACCAAAUUUCUGGCUUUCACAUAAGGUCUGUUCUGUGUGUUCCUAUAUGGAAUAGCAACCACCAAAUAAUUGGGGUAGCUCAAGUGUUGAACAGGCUUGAUGGGAAACCCUUUGACGAUGCUGAUCAGCGACUAUUUGAAGCUUUUGUUAUUUUCUGUGGCCUGGGCAUCAACAACACAAUUAUGUACGAUCAAGUGAAGAAAUCCUGGGCAAAACAGUCUGUGGCUCUUGACGUGUUAUCUUAUCACGCAACAUGUUCGAAGGCAGAAGUUGAUAAAUUUAAGGCAGCAAACAUCCCUCUGGUGUCAGAGCUUGGCAUUGAUGAUAUCCAUUUUGAUGACUUCUCGCUUGAUGUGGAUGCCAUGAUUACUGCAGCCCUGCGGAUGUUCAUGGAACUUGGAAUGGUUCAGAAAUUUAAAAUUGACUACGAGACGCUGUGUAGGUGGCUUUUGACAGUUAGGAAGAAUUAUCGAAUGGUUUUGUAUCACAACUGGAGGCAUGCUUUCAACGUCUGCCAGCUAAUGUUUGCCAUGUUAACUACUGCAGGAUUUCAGGAAAUUCUAACUGAAAUUGAAAUUUUGGCUUUGAUUGUGGGAUGCUUAUGUCAUGACCUUGACCACAGGGGAACCAACAAUGCCUUCCAAGCCAAGAGCGGAUCAGCCUUAGCUCAGCUCUACGGCACCUCUGCUACCUUGGAGCACCACCAUUUCAAUCAUGCUGUCAUGAUUCUCCAAAGUGAGGGUCACAACAUCUUUGCUAACUUGUCCUCUAAGGACUACAGUGACCUUAUGCAGCUUCUAAAGCAAUCGAUAUUGGCAACAGACCUCACUCUGUAUUUUGAGAGAAGGACCGAGUUUUUUGAACUUGUCAGUAAAGGUGGUUAUGAUUGGAAUAUAAAAAAACACCGAGAAAUAUUUCGAUCAAUGCUAAUGACAGCCUGUGACCUUGGAGCUGUGACCAAACCGUGGGAGAUUUCAAGACAG